AAAAAGGAUGACAGAGGUCCAGUGAUUUUGCCCAAGGAAAAUUAGAAGUUAAGAUGGUGUGUUUUGGCCUCUGUCCGUCCCCACACAUUCCGGGCUCCCUGGCCACCACUGUGAGUGCGUCAGGGCCCAAGGACCUUCCUGCACCACGACCCACAGGACGUCCUGUGAGUCCAGGUUGGCCUCUAAGAGCCUGGAUGGGUCACGCCGCAGCCCAUCGGGGAUCCUGGGACCCCCAGUGCAGGGGGUGGUGCCGCUGCUGCUUCCAGGCCUGGGGAAACCACGUAGACGGGACCAUCUUCCAAAUCGGAUUGGCAAGUGGGUUUGGCAGAGCCCAGUGAGACACUAGGAUGGCCCAAACUGACCAGAAGGCCCCGUGCAGAGGCGGCUGCUGGGGACAGCCAGGUCACCCCAACACGGGUGGAGCUCCUGCAUGCCCCACUUCCCACCCCAUGGGUCACAGGCCUCGAAUGCGCAUCCUGCCAUGUGGAGACCAGACCACAGGUGGCCAAGCCCUAUCUCGGGAAACGGGCCUGGGGCCCUGGGCGGCCGGCACUCACUUCCUGGCUAUCUCUACCACCACGUGGGGCAGAAAGAUGCCGGCCUGGAUUUCUGAGCUCCUCAACAGCUCGGGAACAGCGCAGUCACUUGCCAAAGCAGUGUGCGAGGCACAGACUAUUCUAGGGCCUGGCCUGCGCCCACAGGGCACUCCUACCACACGGGCUCCUUCUCACAAGGCGACACCGUCCACCCCCAAUCGCUGGGGCCCAAAGCAGCCCCAGAACAGACACAUGCACCCCAAAAAGGGGGUCAGUGGGGGCCCCUCGCCGCCGCCCCCUGCCGCCUCCCGAUCUGGUCAAACUCCCGGGCACGAGCCUCGCGUGCAGGCGCCGGGCCUGGGCUCCUGUGGCCGUCCCGCCAGCGCCCGUCUUCCGUCCCUGCAUUUAGAGAAGGACGAUGGCAAAGGCACCCGCCCGCUGACCCCUCUUACAGGUGAGGAAACUGAGGUAAGACGGUCGGGGCUGGCUGCAGGGCGUGUCGGGCCCUCGGGGCAGUCGCCCAGACCACCCGGACGGCCCCGCUCGCAGCCUUCGCCCGCGCCCGCCAACUUUUCAACCGACCGUCGCGUGCCGUUUACUUCCGCCUUGGGAGAUCAUUUCCGGGUCCCGGCAGGAAGGGGCCGGGCGCGCACGACCUGCUGCCACGCCACGGGCGGUGACCACACAGACGUCCCCUCUGCCAUUGCUGCGGGACUGGGAAGGAUGCCGGGCGGAUACAGCCUCCCCCUCCAGUGCCCCGAACUCCCUGGGUCCACCCCGGCUCCCAUGGUGGGGAGGGGCCGCCUUGGAGCCCCCAUGGGACAGGGUGGAGGUGGGGUAAGUGCCUGGAGCUCUCGGCCAUCAUGUGCGAAUGUUUUGCUCCCUGCUGAUUCCAUCCGCACCGUCCUGUCUGUAUUGUGGACUGGGCAGCUGUCACGGGGGGCAGUUCUGUCCCCAGGGGACGCUGGCCAGCAAGUGGAGACGUCUGUGGUCUUGGCUGGUGUUGCCGCAGGCAUCUGGCUGGUGGAGCCCAGGGAGGCUGUCCCGGCCCCUGCAACCCGCAGGACAGUCCCGCCGUGGAGGACGGCCAGCCCUGAGUCCCCAUUGCCCCAGGGCCCGGAUACCCCUGCCUGCCCUGGGCAGAUCCCCGGGGCCAGGCGGUUCAGGCCGUGCUCCUGCCUGCUGGGGUCUCCUGCCGUCCUCGCCAUCACCACUGGGUGGAGCCACAGGUCCGUGUGAUCGUCCCUGUGAUGCCGGGUUCCGGAAGGAUCCUCACCCAAAGCUGGCCCAGCCCGGCUCCUGAACUCUGGUCUCAGGACCCUUCGCAAUCCUGAAACCUUUUGAGCUUUUGUUUACGUGCGCGGCCGCUGAGGACAUUCACUCUACUAGAAAUAGAGCUUUUAAAAAUGUUCACUUUUUCACGUAAAAAUAGCAAUAAAUCCAUUGCAUGGGAACAUAACA